UGAACUAGUGUUUUAGACUUUCAAAAUAUUUCAUUAAGGAAUACCAUUCGUAGUUGUAUUUCAAUUUUUAACUCAUAAAUUAGAAAAUGUUAGUUUCUGUUUGUCAAUUUUGAGCGUGAGGAGUUUUUUUUUCAUCUCUUCACAAAUUGGCAUCAGGACUUUGUGGGAUAUCGAUUCUUUGGAGCUAUUGUUGUGUAAAACAGUGAUGGCCCAAAUUUUGGUGAACAAAUCAUUAUUGCCAUAGUCCAAAUGAAAUCAGGAUACUCAUUCGAUUUGAAAUGUUUUAAAAGUGGAGCAUAAAACCUUCCCAAAACUUGUCAAGGAUUAACAUCUCUUUUGGUCCUGUUUGAGUUUUCACCGUGGUCUGUGAUUGUAUACCAUGGUCUUAGUUUCACAACCUACUCAUCACCUGAUAAUUGGACUACCACAAUUUUGUUUGCGUACCCAAAACAGGAGGUUGAACCCAUAGUGUGCAUACUAUGUAUAGUGCUCAGUGAUUCUCAAGGCUGUGUAGGAAAUCCUGGGCUGAGUAAUUAUCAAUUGAUCACUGAUUCUUCGAGGCAUGUCAAACUCAUUAUUUGCCACAUCCAUGUCAAUGUUGGUUCUCAACUUCUGAUUUACAGUUUGUGAUCACUGCUCUGUCUCUGUCACUGUCACCUCAACUGUGAUACAUGUUCAGAUGGUAGACAAGCACCUUCGAUUCAAUACCAAGGGUUUUGUAAUUUCACAGCCAGAUGAUGGAGGUUUAGGUAGCCUCUGUGUCAUCUGAAGGUGUUAGAUGUGCUGACCUCCUUAUCACCCCCUCGAUGGGGUCUCUAUAGCAUUCAGUUCAUAUAAGCAUAUUGUAUUUCCCUAUAUGAAUAUUUAGAAAUUCAGAUAGUGUUUUGGAUUAAUUAGGCGGGGGACAUUCCUAACAGCUACAUGCAUCUUUUCUUUACAGAAUUAUAAAAAAUUUCCACGUAACAAAAAUUUUUGUAUGACUUAUAGUAGGAAAAGCUUAUGACCAUGUAGCAUCCUUUAUAGGGAAUAAAGUAUGAUAUCUCUGUUACUUGAGUAAGUAUGUAAAAACCACCGUCUUGUUUGUAAAAAAUUUUCCUAGUGUUGAUGUUUUAGUUCACUCACAAAUGUGCUUUAGAACGUAUAUUUCAGGUUCAGGAUUAUUAAAAAAGAAAGGUUUUAAAGGAUCUUUUGUGGAGGCAGGAUCUUCUGCCAAGACAUUUGCAGUUUUAUCUGGAGUCCAUAGUCUGGUUGUCUGUUUCUUGAAGAGGCUACGCGGAAAAGAUGAUGUCAUAAAUGCGGGUGUAGCUGGAUGUUGCACAGGCAUUGCUUUAAGUUUUCCAGGUGCACCACAGGCUCUUCUUCAAAGUUGCCUCACCUUUGGGGCCUUCUCUUUUAUUAUUGAAGGGAUGAAUAAGCAGCAGCCGGCACUGGCACAUUCACUCUCAAUGAGCAAGAGUAGCUACACACACAAUGUUCUGCCUCCGUUUACACUCCCACUACCCAAUAAUCUAAGAGAAGGCUUCUUUUUAUUUUGGCAAUCCUUAAAACAACCCAAGAAGGGUGCAUACCCAUCCACCAGCUAGAAAUCUCAGAUGUACGACUUUCUGGGGCAAAAAAAAUCGCAGGUACCUUGAUGAACAUCUCUCUAGACAUUUUCUUAAGUGGUUGGUGCCAUCUGAACAUUCUUAAAUUUUGGAUUUGGAGGCUGAAGGUUUGGCAUAAGGGGUUUUCAGUUCUGAUCCGACAGUUUGAAUACUCGAUGGCACACUGCCCAUCUAUGUUUUGAAACUGUCCUUUUUAAAUUGGGAGAGGGUAAUGUGGAAACUUAACUUGUAAGCUGAAUGAAAUAGUCUUUUCUUUCAUUGUGAUUUUGUAUGCCAGUGGAUCAAAAAGCCAAUUAAGGGCUGGUUAUAUUCUUGGAUCAUUCAAUUGUUUUAAAAAGAGCCAGCAAUUGACUCUACA